CUACCUGAAAAACCCGCUAACAUUAAAUUUCCCUCUCUCUGUCUCUACCUCUCUGUCCCUUUCUUCUUCUUUUUUCAAUUAAAUUAAAUCAAAAAAUGUCUCAAGAUUCUGCGACUACUACUUCUCCGCCGCCACCUUCAACCGCCGUCGAUUCAAUGCCAAAUCCUUCCACCUUUCUGACGCAGCAGGACCAGCCCCCCAAACUGGAUAUUAAGGAUGGAGAAGGAGACCCAAAGCUAAUUCAGCUGCCGGCGGUGACUGUAACGCCCCAACCGCAGGCAACUAUAGAGUCAGAGCUACCGGAGCUAAUUCAGCCGCCACCGGUGACUUUGGAGCCAAAUCAGGGAACUUUAGAGCCAGAGCGAACUCAGCCAGAGAAAUUAGAGCUAAUUCAGCCGCAGCCGGAGUCACCGGAGCUGAGCUCUGAGCACAAUCUGCCGUUGCCCUUGUUUUCGGAGCCAGAAUGUUUCAACAACACGGCGGAGGAUUCAAAGCAGCCACACAAAAUGACGCCGGAGACAAAUCCAAAUCCGUUGUUGCUUGUACUUUCAGAGGCAGAGGAGCCUAACCACGCGGCGGAGGAUGAGACAAAAAAGUCACGUCAAAUGACGCCGGAGACAGUGACUUCAGAGCCUAACCAGACGGAGGAAGAUGAUUCAGUGAAGCCAAACACGGAGACAGAGCAGCCGGAGACAGAGCCAGCACAGAAACUGAUGUUGGAGCAGAGGAAAAAGUACACGGAGGUAGCAGAUUGGACAGAGCCGGAACCACCGGACGCGGCAGUGUUAGAAGCUGCAGCAUCGAUGCCUGAGCCGCCAAAGCAACCGGAGUCUUUAAACCCUGAAGUGGCGCAGCCACCAGCUUCUGCUUUUUCUCCGGUGGAAUCAAGAUCGUUAGCGGAGAUGAUGAACAGAGAAGAAGCUGAAGAGAAACCAAAGAUUCAUCAGAUACCUCGAAAUCUCGGCUCAUUCAAAGAAGAAACCAACAAAGUCUCCGAUCUCUCAGAACCCGAGUUAAACGCUCUUCACGAGCUUCAACACCUCUUACAAGAAUCAACCACCAUUGAUUCCGGCAAAAGCUCCAUAUGGGGCGUACCACUUCUAAACGAUGUCGUUUUGCUGAAAUUCCUAAGAGCGAGAGAUUUCAAACCGCAAGAAGCUUACUCAAUGCUCAACAAGACACUCCAAUGGAGAAACGACUUCAACAUCGAGGAGUUUCUCGACGAAAACCUCGGAGACGAUUUAGACAAGGUUGUGUUCAUGCAAGGACAUGACAGGGAGAAUCAUCCGGUCUGUUACAAUGUCUACGGCGAGUUUCGAAACAAGGAUCUUUAUCAGAAAACGUUUUCGGAUGAGGAGAAGAGAGAAUUGUUCUUGAGAUGGAGGAUUCAGUUUCUUGAGAAGAGUAUAAGAAAGCUCGAUUUCGUACCGGGUGGUGUUUCAACGAUCUGUCAAGUUAACGAUCUGAAGAAUUCUCCGGGACCUGGUAAGACUGAGCUUAGACUAGCCACUAAGCAAGCUCUUCAUCUUCUUCAAGAUAAUUACCCUGAGUUUGUCUCUAAACAGAUAUUCAUCAACGUUCCAUGGUGGUACCUUGCGUUCUAUAGGAUUAUUAGCCCUUUCAUGACCCAAAGAUCAAAGAGCAAACUCGUUUUCUCAAGUCCUUCAAGAUCUGCAGAAACACUUUUCAAGUACAUAUCACCAGAACAUGUCCCGGUUCAGUAUGGUGGACUAAGUGUGGAUAACUGCGACUGCAGCUCGGAUUUCACACACGAUGAUACCGCCACAGAGAUCACCGUUAAACCAACAACAAAACAAACCGUCGAGAUUAUUAUUUACGAGAACAAAGAAGGAUACACAAUCAUCAUUCAGAAACCGAGGAAGAUGGUUGCAAAAGAUGAACCGGUAGUGUCUCAAAGCUUCAACGUUGGAGAAGUUGGCAAGAUUUUACUAACCGUGGAUAACCCGACUUCCACCAAGAAAAUUCUUAUUUACAGGUUCAAGGUUAUGCCUUUGCCGUAUUUGCAUUUUGCUCUGAUCUAUAUUAUUAUUUGCGAAGUCAGAAACGCACCACAGAAUCUUCUGAAGGGGGUAACUUGCAAGAGAGUAAAGCUGUUUAGGUUUCAUCGUUUUGUUUUGGUGAUAGAACUUCAAGUCUUAUAUCUAUUGGUGGUCGUGAGUUCGUCAGCAUACUCGGAUGACUAUCUUGCCUUUCCAUCUACCAAGAAACCAGGAUAACAUUUUUUCGGACGAUUUUACACCACCUGCUCCUGGAUAUUAUUUUCAAACGUCUCAGUUUCAGGGUUGGAUGGAGUACAACAAACACCAUCUUGAGUCGAGACAUCUUUUGUAUACUGAAUUCCCGAUUUGGUUCGUUUGGCAUAAGAACAUUAGAAAAUGGCUACCGCGGCGUCGUUGUAGGUCUAGGAGAAGUGGCGUAGUACUUCCCUGUGUGAGGCCAGAAAGUGGUGAGAUCUAUUAUCUCGGGAUGUUGCUAGCUGUUGUCAGAGGAGCAACGUGUUUUGAAGAUAUUAGAACGAUUAAUGGUGUUUUAUAUCCAUCAUUUGCUGGGGCCAUUGGAGUCUGUUAUGAUUUGGGAUUAGUCGAGCGACCUUUUCUUACGAAAUAAUGAUUAUUCUGGUGUUGGGUUUUGCGUUUAUGUAUUUUUCUGGUGUCGUCUGUGGUUUAGGUUUCUAUAUUUUUGAUAUCUAAUAAACAAGACUUUUAUUUACUGUCUUAUUAUUUUUGCCAUUGUCGAAACCAUUUUUAUCGUCUAAUUUAUACAGUGUGGCUAUAUGUUAUUUUUGGUUUGUAUGAUUAUGUUUUACUGAGGAAGAUGAGACUCAUCGUAAUAGCUUGGUAAAAAUAUUAUCGUUUAG